CAAAACCAUCUAAAAGACUGUUUAUUUUAGAAGACUUUAAAGACAAUGACAUUGUUGAGGACGGUGGAUCAGUAAUGGCCCUCGAGAACAAAGUGGCACAAGAAUCAGAUCAAGGCUUAAAUAAAUCCCAGACGAAAGAGUUCAAACAUGACAUCGAGCUCGAGGAUGAUCCGCCAAAGAAGCGCAAGACUGGAAAAGGAAAAAACGCGCAACCUAACAAUGAUGAUGAAGCAACUAUCAAGGAACUGAAAGCGUUUAUUGUGAAAUGUGGAGUACCUGAUUGUGACACUAUCUCAAGCCAAAUCGACAGAUUAAAUAAAAUUCUUAGAGACUUGGGUAUCAAAGAUUUUCAAAAUAACGAUUCCUAUGUUUUUAUCAUAGGUCGACCAACUCUGGAAAAAUGUAAGAAGGUUCGUGAACGACGAGAACUUGAGGCGGAGUUAAACUCGAUGGACGUUGGUAAUAUUAUUUCAGAUGACAUUAAAGAGGGUCGUAAAGCUCGUGCUUCCAGAGGCAUAUUUAAUCCUACUGGUCGUCGUAUAAUUCGUGUAAAGCGUCAAAUAGAGGAGGAAACAGAUGACGAUGCUUCUGACCGAGGGUCCGAGUGA